AUGCAGCCUUUGUCAAAUAGAUUGCUCUUGGACUACAUACGAGAUACAAAGCGAUCUCGCCUCUAUACCAUAAGCUCUUCUUCGAGUCUCUACGUCACGUACAAAGAGGAGAACGAUAUGCGGGAUGGCUAUGCAACAAUUUCCGCUGACGAGAAUAUUUUUUAUAAAAUGGACAAGAACAGUCAGCAGAGAAGUGGGCUCAGACGAGUAAAUGGAUGUAGCAAUCUUUUGGAUGGAACUUUCACAUGCACGGACAAUCAUAUGCAGCUGAUGAAGCGAAUAGCCUCGAUAACCAAGGAUUUGAGAAGAACUUCUACACCACCACUACCACUGUCACAGUUCAUAGACAAUCAUAAGCAGCUGAUCAAGCGGAUAGCCUCGAUAACCAAGGAUUUGAAAAGAACUUCUACACCACCACUACCACUGUCACAGUUCAUACCAGUUUGCACAUCCACCCCUCUUGUACGUAGCUGCAUUGAUAUCCCAUAUACAUCAAGUUGUGAAGAGAAACUACACUUCCAUAGAUUGCAAAAUAAACAGCUGUCGGUCCCUUCUUUCAAGCCGCCUCCGCCACCUAAAGAGGCUGUAUGCGACGAUAAGUUGGUUGUUCUUGACGACAAUGACCACAAUUUCUGGGAGAUGGAGCUUCCAAGAGAUUAUAGUGGUCUUAUAAGUGACUCGGCAACAAUUAUAGCAACCGAUGAGCCUACACUUCUUUUAAAGGAUAAUUCCAAGCUACAACUAGAUGAAACUUUUAUUGAGGAGAUUACGAUUUACGCUGACCCCGGUGUGGAAUCCCCAUUAGCUACAAACAAAACAUUUAUUCAAUCUGCUAAAACAGCAGCAGCAAGAUUUCUUUGGAAAUUUCGACAGGAAAUCCUUAUGUCGAAAAGCAUCACUGUUUAG